AUGGACACUCAGUUAGUUCAGUCAGAGCUGAUUACAGAGCUCAGAGAGUGGUGUCAAGGUGAGUUUCUCAAUGAAGACAAUGCCUUGCUUGUGCUGGUGCCAAAAGGCUAUGAAGUUGAUGAGAUAGAGAAGACUCUUGAAACUGUGAAAGCUUUUGGACGUGUACAAGUAAGAGGAAGAAGAUUUAAUACCAAAUUGGACAGAUUGAGUGUGCUUUGUGAAACAAAAGAGAAAAUUGACCCCACUAAGGUUCCUUCUGAAGUGAAAAGCCUGGCAGUGGAAGAAUAUUGGCCUGUCAUCAUCGCAGGUGAGCGUCCUGUUCCUGAUGCAGAUAGCCAGACCCCAUUGAAAGUUCUGCUUGAUGCUUCAGCAUCCAAUGGCUCUGCAGAGUCCAUUAUUCGGGCUGUUGGGGAGGUGUUGUCGAAAAUGGAGAAGCCUUCAAGUGAGAACAGCAGUUAUCGUCGCCUAAAGAUGUUUUCGGGCACAUUACCCACACCGGUUGGAGAAGAGGCAUUGGAACACUGGCUCGAGCAGGCGCGUUUAAUGGUUGAAGAAAGUGACUGCUCAAGUAAAGAAAAGCGAAGACGCAUUAUAGAGUGUCUUAGAGGACCUGCACUUGCAGUAGUGAAAGCAGUGCGAACAGCUGAGGCUGACGUCAUGCCUGCUGAGUGCCUGGAUGCUAUUGAAAGCGCAUUCGGUGCAGCUGAGUCAGGUGAAGACCUCUACUUUGAGUUUCGAUUGCUGCAACAAGGAAAAGGUGAGAAGCUGUCUGACUUCUUGAGGCGACUAGAGCAGUCUCUCACCAAAGUCAUUUCUAAAGGUGGUAUUCCAUCCAGCCGUGUGGACAUCGCCUGA